AUGAGUGGCGAUACCAUCGACAUGAUCACAUCGCCUAUGUUCCUGUACGUUGCCCACCUGGCCCCGCACUACGGCACCAUUCGGGUGAAACUGGAGGCGCCAGCUGAGUAUCUUGUAGACUACGAUUUCAUUGGAGUAAGGAACCGUGAAAUUUACGCAGGUAUGGUGUCAGCACUGGACAAGUCUGUCGGGAAAAUUUUCAAGGCACUGCAUGAGAGAGGAAUGCUGAACGACACGUUCCUGUCAUUCAGCUCAGACAAUGGGGCAGCAGCAACAUACUGGGAUACAGACGUUGCAUCGUCGUAUCCCUUAAGGGGCGAAAAAUCUACCCUCUGGGAAGGUGGCGUACAUGUACCGGGGUUCAUAUGGACUGCGCAGUCGAUGUGGAGAGGACGAGGAUCUCGAUAUGACCACAUUUUUCAUGCCACUGACUGGCUGCCAACACUCUACGAAAUGGCAGGGGGAGAAGUUUCCAAGCUUGGUGGAAUCGAUGGUGUCAGCCACCUGCGGUCCUUAGCUGACCCUCUUGCCUACCCGCCUCGAAACGAGGUCCUGUUGAACAUUGAUCCCAUAGAAGGAAACGAGGCUAUUAUCCACGAUUCAUACAAGCUUCUCUAUGGAGCCUUUCCAAGCGGCACAUCGCAGUGGUUGGAUGUACCCGGCAGCAGGCUACCGACAGCAGAAGAGACAGAUCUGGCGCAUGAAAGCUGCAUUAAGGGCAUGUCUUAUAAGAUUCUUAAGACGGCUGGUUUUAGUCCGAACUGUGGUGAAGGAGGGGGUGUCUACUCAACGCCCGUGAACUGCGGGAACCGAAACACAAGCAAGGUUCCAUGUGACUCCAGAGUGGCACCUUGCCUGUACAACGUAAACAUUGACCCAUGCGAGUACUAUAACAUCGCCAACGAAAACCCAGAGAUCGUGCUGAAGCUGCAAGCUCGUAUUUCAGAGUACAAGAAGGGAGCCUUAAAACCCAGCAACCUCCCCAAUGAUCCCUCCUCAUCCCCUCAUAACCAUGAUGGAGCGUGGGUCAGCUGGAAAGAUGGGUCCACUUAAUUUAAAACCCACCGUUAGAGUCGAACAAUCCUAGUGAUGCAAUCAUUACAACCUAUUUCAACAUCCUUUCUGCUAGAACAUAAUCGAAAAA